AUGUGCCUUUGGUUCCGUACAGAACUAGAAAGGGACUACCCAUGUGAUCGGCAGCUAAGGGCAAACAGCUGUGUGCCUGGGGCGUCAUAUACGCCAUCGACAAUUUCGGCUGGGCCGUUGAGUACAUCUUGCAGAGCAUCAACGAUUGCAAAGAGGAAGGCAAUGUCGAUGUUCUGUGCGCAGAGUCCAUUGCAGACAUCGUGUUUUCGGGGACUGGCAUGA